GAGGGCGGCAACUUCCCUCCAGGCUUUGUGGGAGACCUACCUACCUACCUUCCGGACACACUCAUAUCGUGAAGUUCAUCCGACGCCGUGACACGACAACCUCGUCGGGGUGAGAAAACAAAACACGCCGAGAACUCCCAGCAUUCCACACGGGAGGAUUCCGAGGAGACACAGACGAUGCGUAGACACAACAACCCUGACCUUCCACGACCCGCCCCCAGAAUGUACACAAAUAGUAACAUGCACAUACGCAAUUACAAUAUCUUGGUUUUAAUGACAUGUGCGUGAUACAUUUGAAUGGAAUACUUUUUUAUUUUGCUAUAUUUAAACGCAGUGUCCUUGUAAAACAGAAAGAUCUUGUCAAUUUGACACACCACAGAGAAGGCAGCUUUUGCCAAAUUUGAAUGACAAACCAAUGGCCACCGACAAAGUGUUGUUCCGUGACCAUAUAAGGAAAGAGGAAGUCAUAACAAUUAAGGUGGGAAGGCCAAAACGUUGCCAGCCAUAAUGGCCAGGAGAGGUCCGACGGAAUAAAUAAAUGGGAUAUAAACUGCUUAGCAUUCCUUAUUGCUGCUUUUUGAGGUUUGGGGAUGCAAAAUGUGUUUGUUGCCCCCGGCGGGGCUUGUUAAUCAUUACACACACACACACACACACACACACACACAAAGGGAAGGCAAGGCUACGUCUAUAAAGGCCGCGCGCGCGCCAUGCACAAUCCCAGCAGAAGUUAAGCCAGCACAGCACCGCACCGCACCGCACAAUCUCCUUCUCUCACACUUGUCGGACUAGCAAACUUGCCGGCGGCGCACACUCUUUGUCCUAGGAUAUGAACACCUUCGUCCUCACCUGCCUCCUCUGCUUGGUACUUUUCAGUGUUCUGGCCACUCGGGCAUCUGAGGCGUCGUCCUCGGGUGAGCUCAGCAGCGGAACCGUGGGCUCGGCCUCAGGGGAGGUCCUCCGGGUUCUACAAGGCGAUGCCGACGGCGACUAUGAGGAACUGGCAGCGGUUGAUGACAAGAAGAAGAGAAAGGGCAAAGGCAAGAAGAAGAACAAGCAGAAGAGCAGGAGCACCACUGCGCUCAACCCCGAGCACUCUUUCUCCACUCAAGGCCGCACCUCCGCCAUGGAGACCACCGAGGACCCCUGCAACUCCACCCACCUGGACUACUGCAUCCAUGGCUACUGCCAGCGCAUGGAGGGCCUGCAGGAGCCCGUGUGCAUCUGCAUGAAGGGCUACGACGGCGAGCGCUGUGGGAUCCAAACCUUGGGAAUCCUCAGGACCAAGUUGGAGCGCAGCAGCGACAUGGAGUGGCUCCAGAUGGCCUUAGUCGUCACGGCCGUGGUUCUGUCUUUAAUCAGCUGCGCCGCCGUCCUGCUCAUGGCCUGCGCGCAUUACAGGUGGCAUAAAAACUUCCUGGCGUCCUACCUGGGCAGCUGGUCGGAGCAGCAGAAGCUGCACAAACCCGCCAGCGACGUGGUGGUGUGAGAAAGCCAGAGAGCCAGCCAAGAAGAGGUCAAUUGGGAAACGUGCGCGCAGCAAUUUUUCACAGGAAAUGACAAAUGUGUGGUAAACGAGAGCGCGUCUCAUCAAGUCAAAUGAAUGCUCCAUUUCUCUUGUCUGUCCACAGUCGCAUCACAGACGAGCAGAUGCAGAAGAUUGAAUAAAUGCUUCAUUCGAUGCAAUGUCAACUGUCCACUAUUUGUUUGCGUUUAAUUUAUUUGCUGUGAUUAUUUAUCUGUAUGCGUGUUUAUUAUUAUUAUUAUUAUUAUGACACAAAUGUCUGUAUGUGGGGAUGUUGAGCAUUCAGUCCUGUCUGUUGACUGAAUUGUUUGUUUCUUUAUUUAUUUAUUGAUUGUACUGCUCUUGUGAUAACUGUUGUCAUCUCAAAAUGACAUUUAAACCACAAUAAAGCGUCCGCCGUGCUACUUG